UGUAGGAGCCAGCGGCCCUGCCCAGGGGAGAGCCCGACCUGAAGCCGCCGCCUGCUUUGGCUGGGUCCCACCAUGAGCCGGCUGCAGCAUCCGCCCGCGCCUUGCCCCAGCCAGGAGCACAGCUGGAGUCUGGGCAACCGGCCCCUCCCGCUGCGUUCAUGGACGUCCGAGCCGCCCGGAGAGCCGGCGGUGGGAAAAGCGAGCCCAGAUCUGCGUCAGACCUGAACGUAGCCCUGGAUGAAUGUAUGAUGGCUGUGGAUUUAUUUCUAAGCAACAAAUUUCCUGAGGCCCUUGCUUCCCUACAAGCGAAAACUAAGGACAGUAUGUAUCACGCACUGACAUAUGCCACCAUACUAGAAAUGCAAGCCAUGAUGACCUUUGAUGCCCAGGACAUGCUGAAUGCAGGAAACACAAUGAAAGAAGCUCAAGCCACCUGUCAAAAGUUUAGGAAGAAAUCGACUGUAGCUGAUUCCUUUAACAACCUUGUGCAUAGACAAAAUCUCGAACACUUUACUGAAGAGGAAAUUCAUGCAGAAAUUUGCUAUGCUGAAUGCUUGCUUCAGAGAGCGGCUCUCACAUUCCUGCAGGAUGAGAACAUGGUUAGCUUUAUCAAAGGAGGCAUCAAAGUCAGGAACAGUUAUCAGACAUAUAGGGAACUGGACAGUCUUAUACAGUCUCCAAACUAUGUUAAAGGAAAGAACUAUCUCCACUUUGAAGGAGGCGUAAAGCUUGGUGUUGGAGCUUUCAACCUGACAUUGUCCAUGUUCCCAACACGGAUUCUACGAUUACUGGAGUUUGUUGGGUUUUCUGGAAGCAAGGAGUAUGGUCUGUUGCAGCUUCAAGAGGGAGCCUUGAUGUACAGCUUUAGGUCGGUGCUGUGUACCAUGCUGCUGCUGUGCUAUCAUACCUUCAUGACCUUUGUGUUAGAAUUGAGGAUCCCAGGAGGUGGGGAGGGAGGGAGCAAUGUCGUAUGGAGAUUUCUGCCAGCACAGAACCAGUUUGCCUUUAUGGUGCCUCCAUGGACAGGGAAAGGAAAUGUUGAAGAGGCAGAAAGGCUACUCAAGCCUUACUUGGCUCGUUAUCCAAAAGGAGCCAUAUUCCUGUUUUUUGCGGGCAGGAUAGAAACAAUAAAAGGCAAUAUUGAUACAGCAGUUAGUAGGUUUGAGGAAUGCUGUGAGGCCCAACAGCACUGGAAGCAGUUUCAUCACAUGUGUUACUGGGAACUAAUGUGGUGCUUCACCUACAAGCGCCAGUGGAAGAUGGCCUAUUUCUAUGCGGAUCUGCUAAGCAAAGAAAACAAUUGGUCAAAGGUUACCUAUAUUUACAUGAAAGCUGCCUAUCUCAGUAUGUUUGGACCAGAUGAUCACGAACCCUUUGGGGAUAAUGAAGUGGAACUGUUUAGGACUGUGCCUAGUUUGAAACUGAAAAUUGCAGGGAAGUCACUGCCUACAGAGAAGUUUGCCAUUCGGAAAUCUCGGAGAUACCUUCCCUCAAACCCGGUUCCUUUGCCUGUGCCUGCGUUGGAAAUGAUGUAUAUCUGGAAUGGCUAUGCUGUGAUUGGAAAAUGUCCUGAUUUAACAGAAGGCAUGUUGCAGACAUUAACUGAGGCAGAAGCAGCUCUGGAAAGAAGCCCAGGUGCUGUAUUAUUUCAGUUCUAAAGAACACAGUGGAGGAGACCAGCGUCAAGCUGAUUUAUAGAAAGCACCAUCACCUACUAACCAACAACCUGGAGGGUUGAUGGAUAUCUGUGAGUUAACCAUUUGCUGUAAAACACUUGCACUCAAAUGGACUGUGCAAAAAAACCGGAGCCUAAGAAGGGAAUGGUACAAAAUGAGGUCAGACUCUUAUACUAUGCCUGGUUUCAGUGUGUUAACUAGACAGGCCUGGCAGAGUAGAAUUGCUGUUUUUUCUCUCCAUCUUUUAUUUUUGGUCUCCCCAGUCCAGCAGGGGUUCCCCAGCCUGCACAGCUGCCCUUCUGCAAUUCCCCCUAUACUACAAACCUUUCAUUCUCAUCUAUACUCGCCACCUUUCUGUGAAAGGUUCAGACCUUACCAUGACAGUGGAGUCUGGGUCAAAUCAACACCCUGAAAUCCUUUCUAGAACCUGUCUCUUCCCUGCAUAUACACUGCACGUUACCACAACUAUUCUCCAGCCAGCAGACAAGUUAAAUUCUCUGAAGAAUGCUGUUAAUGUUGUUCUUGCUUGUCCAGCAGGUGUCAUUCAGCUACUUAGUAAUACUCAUCAUUAGUAUCUCCCUAGGCCCAGAGACCUGAGAGGCAUCUUCCUAGCCCAUUUGGUCAGAGAAUGACAUUGUCAUCAGCUGGUGGCUUGUGUCCUUCAGUGAACAGCUAGAAAAACUAGUAAUUCAGCUUGAAACAUUGAAAACUGAACUUUUAAGUCAGUCUGAGGCAUAUGGGUUGCUUGAAGUAUCAGGCAAGUUUGUCCCCUUUUUAACUCUGAAAAAGGUGGUGGUGGGGGAACCUUUUAGCUGAAGGGAAGGGAGUUUGGUGUAAUGGUCAGAAGAGGGACUUUUGCUGCCUCAGUCACCCAUUCUGCUACUGUGUCAUGGGUCAGCAUGUGCCAGUUUGCAAACCAUGCAAACUUCCUUGCAGAGUUUGUUGAGGCUCAUUGAUGACUAUAAAGUGCCUUGAGGAUACGGUCUGAAAAGUGCUGUAUAUUUUAAAUGAGAAGUAUAUACUAAAAGCAGUUUUUUUUCUCUCAUGCCUUUAGGUGUUACAAUUAGCCGUAAUAUGUUUUACAAAAGUGUGAUUUUUUUCAAGUUGACAAUGUCCAUUUAAAUAGCAAUAUACAGAAGGAGACCAAGUUAGACUGAAAUCCUUGGGGCACGGAUCUAACACUAUAAAGACCUAAUCCAGCAAACAUGUAUGUGACUGAUGGUAUAUGCUGUAAGAAGUCCGUUGAAGUUAAUGGAAGUGUUCAUGGGAAUAAAAUUCUCACGUGCAUAAGUAUUUUCAGGAUUGGGCCCUCAAUGACUAGUUUAUACAACGUGCAUAUCCGUGGCAGGAUACAUUAUACGUUUUAAAAAGUGCAUACAUAUAAAUGUGUUCACAGAAUAGAUGGCCAGUGGGGAUUGCUGAUAUACAUUUGACUUAUCUUACUGGAAGAAAAAAAAACCUUGCAGGCUCUAACCCACUUAACUGUGCACAUAGCUAGUCUGGAACAAUGUGAUCCCAUCACUUUUAUCUUCUCUUCCUUUCCCCAUGGGAAGCAACUUUGCUUUUUAAACAGCUACUUGUGCAUCUUCUCUUAAGUGGAGUCCCUAUCAGGUCAUGUAUGUAGACCCUAGUGCCUGCACUGAAAUAACAGAGGAUGCAAAGAUUCUAGUGCAUCUCUGAUUGCAGAUCAGGGCCUUAGACCAUAAACUCCAAAGGGCAGCAGCUAUCUCACAGGAAGUGUAGAGAAUCCAGCCAGUCUGAAUGGGCCACUAGUGCCAUACAAAAAAAAAAAAAAAAAGCUCUGAAAAUCUCAACCGUUGCAAAGAGGUUUUGAAAAUGUGCCUGCUAAGUAUUUUUGGAACAGCAAUGUUUAAUUUUUUUUUUUAAGGCACCAAGUUAUUUCAAAAUGCAAAAGUGAUAAAACGGUUACUUUA